GGAGAGAAGGAACAAAACGACGAGGAGGAUAGGGACGAAGAGGACGACAAGGAGGACGAGGAGGAGGAGAAGGAGGAGGAGGAGGAGCGAGCGUCCCAAAAAGAAAGGUGCCACCUCACGCACCCGCCCCGCGCGCGCCCGCCUCGGAGCCUCUCGAGGCCUCGGUGCCGACGUCCACGUGGUCGCUGGUGUAAUUAGGUGAAAUUGCAUGUGUAAUUUAACCGCCCCUGUUCAGGUCGUCGGUCUCCUGGGCCUCUCCUUACCAGUCGGUGGCACCUGGUGCACUUCGCCUACUCUGCACCUUCUGGCCGCCUGAUGCCCCGCCCGCCCGCGCCCUGUCUCCCCAAUUAGGGCUUCGCGCGCCCCGCCUAGCUCUUCACCGGAAGGGGCCCGCUCUCGACCCGCCGACCAAAAACUGUUCAGGCAGUCGGUCCAGCCGUCGACACCGACGCGGUCGGAGGUGCCGUCGAGAGACGGGCGCGAGCAGAUGGCCGCCCUCGUGGGCGGCGGCGUCGGAGGUCCAGCCGUGCACGUCGAGCGUGGGCGCCUGGGGGGCUGAAGCAGGGCACCCGGGAGGACGCUGCGGCACGCGACGACAAAGCAGCCGAAGGACAGGAGCCCGACGAACGGGGAGACUCCAGAUUGAAGGGGCCCCCAGACACACAAAUAAAUACACACAAAUAAAAGGAUCCCCCAUAUUUUCCCAUGUUUUCUGGGUUUUUGUCUUCCCCCCCACUUCCCAUGUUUUCACAUAUUCUCUGGGGAAUCGAGGAUUAAUUGUGUCUGCGUGUUUCUUUCCCUCCUGACAGAUGAAGUCGCUGUUGGGGCCACUCUUGAUGCACAGGCUGCCCGGCUGCGCCAGUAGUCGCCGAGGUCCAGCGUAGGGGAACGCAGCGAACACGACCUCUGCCUACAGGAAUCCACAUACGAGCAUCCUGGAGCUCACAGUCCUGGCACUCCGUCUCGCUAUACAGGUCGAGCAGUUCAUCUUCGCAGCUCUUGCACUCGAGCUCGCCGCGACGGCCAUCUGACUCGCAGUCCUCGAAAUCAAGCGCCAGACCACCAGCUGGAGCGACAGCCCGAUCACAGUCAGCAGCGGCAGCACAAGCGAAAAUGCAAGGAGCGAUAUGACCAGCCGCCCGCAGAUGCCUUUGAGCCUCCGCAAGAGCGAGCGAGCCUUCAAUGUCUAGUACUACCACAAUCAAGCGCACGUGCCCUGCAUUGAUCGCCUCAGGCGCCAGCGUGGAUACAUGGCUAAAACGACAGGCGCUGCCGCGGGCGCAUUCAGGAGAGAACCGGCACGCCGACUCAGUGCGGACGCGCGGCCCGCCAUCCAGCGCCUUCACGCAAAAGAAAUCGAGACUCUGGGCCGCACCCCCUCAAACGUCUUGAACGAGAGGACGGAAACCAGAACCAGCCGAAACACGACCAUGAAAUUCAGCGCACUCCUGGCGUGGAGGAUCAGGCUCAGGAUGACGGAGAUCACGAACGCGAGGGUCACCCGCUGGAUGUCGAGAAGCAUCGUCACCGCGAGAAUCAUCACAGAUGUAGGGUCCGUGGGCAACACCACCAGAAACGUCUUGAACGAUCGCAUGGACAUCAGAACCAGUCAGAGCAAUAACAUCAGCUUCAUCACGCACAUGGCGUGGAGGGUCUGUCUCAGGAGGUCGGACCUCAGGAACGCGAGCAGCACCCGCAGGGCGACGGCGACGGCGCCUAGGGCGUCGGCGGUGUCCAGGCAGGUCGCCCGGGCGCGCAGGAAAACAAAACCAAAUAUCAGGUGGGCCCAACGCCUGCGGCGUGCGGGCAGCAGCAGCAUCCUCAAGGCCACCAGAUGGCCGAGAGCUCCCAAUAGCCAGAAUCGGCAGAAAGAACGGGGUAGCCGAAGCACGAAGAUUUGACAUGUCAUCAGUUUGCGUCGAGCUCGAAAUCAGACUGGCGGUCUGAGUGGACGUAGUAGCCAAAGAGCCCCGCGCACGAGAGUACCGUUGAGGACGAGAGAAGAAGACCAGCCAGCAGCGGCGGAACUGCCCAUGCUUGGCCGCGUUCGCCGCGGAUUUGACCUUGCAGCAGCACCAGUACAGACGCGGCCAUAGGUAUGCCUCCGUCGCACGGAGAGCAGCGCUGGUGGACCCGAAUUCGGUAUCGAACCACACGACGAUCACCAGCUGCAAAGAGACCUGCACGGCGACCAGACCGAGGCGGACCAGGAGAGCGAUGAACAUGAACGAGAGCCGGCCGACAUGGCGCGCGCGCGGCCCACAGUAGCGCAUCAGGCAAGCCUGGCUUGAGCCAAAAUGGCU